AUUUCACAUUGGCUUUGCGUAAUGUCAGCGUAACCAUACCGUUGGCUGUUAAACGUGGUGAUAAUGCGAUUUUAAUCUGUAAUUACGACAUUGAAAAUGACACUCUGUACACGGUUAAAUGGUAUCGUGGACGUCGUGAGUUUUAUCGCUAUACGCCAAAAGAGAAUCCGGCAUGGAAAAUAUUCUCAACAUCGACGGCGAAUGGUUUAUCAGUGGAUACAACCCAGUCAAAUGCCAGUCAUGUGUUCAUACGCAACGUGUCGUUGGCCAUAUCAGGACGCUAUGCGUGUGAAGUAUCGGCCGAUGCACCGUCAUUUCAUACAACGAUGAUGGGUGGCGUAAUGGAUGUUGUUGAACUGCCUACCCAGCGACCAAUAAUAACGGGAAUUCAUUCCCGUUAUCGUUUGGGUGAUGUUAUCAACGGAAAUUGUUCAUCUGAUUAUUCAAAGCCGGCGGCGAAUUUAACAUGGUGGAUAAAUGAUAUACAG